AUGGUGAAGACUCAAGCUGAAGGUAAAGCAAAAGCUAAAAGAGGGAGACCUUUCAAAAAUCUUAAUAUUUCUGAAGCUUCUACAGCAUCAUCAUCAUCUACAGCGAAAAAACCCAUAAGAAAAGGAAUGGUUAGUCCUAAACAAACUUCUUCCUACUCUGUACAACUAAGUAUUAUGACUAACUCAAGUCCUUUAAAAUCGGAUCAUGCAGCACCUGAUCUAGAGAAACCUUGGUUUCAAGAGCAAUAUCUAUCACUCGCACCAGGCCUCUUAGUCGGCCAAAUAUCAGAUGUAGCUCGCUCUAAUGUGGCUAAUGGAAGACUGGCAAGACACAUAAGACUUGCAAUCCGCCGAAGCAAACAUGACAAGUUGCAACAGCAAGCAACUCUUACUACAAGUGGAAGCCGUCAAGUGAGGAGAAGAAAACCAGAUGUAAAUAAGUGGGAGUUGGUAACAUGCUAUGCUUGUCAAGCUAUUGUCUGGAUUGGUGAGGCUGUGGUGCAGGAGACACGAAAUUCCCCCAGGAUGUUUAGCAUAUGCUGUCAGCAAGGACGUGUGAAGCUGCCACCUAGACGUCAGCCACCAUCACCUUUGAAAGAGCUGUUUGAUAGACCAAGUUUUAUGCUACAGAUUCGAGUGGCUAAUGGAAUGUUAUCAUUCACAUCGAUGGGUGGUCAGAUUGACCACACUGUGACAGGCACUCCUGGACCCUUCGCAUUUAGGCUCCAUGGACAGACUCACCACAGGAUUGGCUCUCUCCUUCCACCUGAAGGCAAUGCUCCACAGUAUCUGCAGAUGUAUAUAGUGGACACAGAGAAUGAGGUAGCAAACAGAAAGAAGGCUUUCAGCAAAGGUACAUCCUCUGUGGAGAUUGAUGACAGUUUGAUAGCUGAUUUAAUCAAGAUGUUGGAUGAGAAUAACCACCUGGCCAAAACUUUCCGUCAUGCAAGAGAUCGUCUUUUAUCCAGUGAUGCAGUUGAGUUCAGUCUCACCUUGGUAAAUCAAAAGCAUAGAGGGAGGCAAUAUGACUUGCCAACUGCUGGAGAGAUUGGUGGCCUUAUAAUUGGUGAUUUCAAUUCAGAAUCGGCAGGUAAAGACAUUGUGGUUGAGUACAAAUCAGCAAAGCUCCAGAGGAUAAGCGAUUUACACCCUCUAUUUAUGAGCCUUCAGUACCCAUUACUCUUUCCAUAUGGAGAAUAUGGUUAUGACGAGAAAAUACUCUAUGAUGUGUCUGUCAACUCAAAUAUAAAAAGAGAAUACAUGACAAUGAGAGAAUAUUAUGCUCACCAGAUCCAAACUAGGCCAUCUGAGGGUAUGACUAUCAUCAAGUCAGGAAGGCUACUACAUCAGUAUAUUGUUGAUACCUACACUGCAACAGAGCAGGAGAGACUUCGGUUUCUCAGACUUAACCAGAAGAAACUGCGAGCUGAAUUAUAUACAAAUGUCUGCGACACCUUAGACAGUGGAGAUACAGAUGCUGCGCACAUAGGGAAAAAAGUCAUACUGCCUUCUUCAUUCCCUGCAGGACCCCGCUAUAUGUCUGAGAAAUAUCAAGAUGACAUGGCUCUCUGUCGUUUUUAUGGUAACCCCAACCUUUUCAUCACAUUCACAGCAAAACCAAAUUGGGUUGAACUGAAAGAGCACCUGGACGCCUACGAAGGUGACUCGCCCAACAACAUACCAGACCUUGAGUGCAGAGUUUUUAAACUUAAGCUUGACGAGAUGAUGUCAGACCUUAAGAAUUGUGUUUUCCUUCCAAAAACGGCUGCAGUAGCCUACACGAUUGAGUUUCAAAAACGGGGACUCCCCCACGCCCAUAUUCUUCUUUGGUUCGAAGGAUUUAGAGGAGAGGCCACAGCAGCAGAUAUUGAUCAGUACAUAUCAGCUGAGCUCCCUGACAGAGACACAGACCGAGAGGGCUUCGAGUUGGUUAAGAGACACAUGAUUCACGGGCUGUGUGGAAAAAGACGGCCACAAUCACCCUGUAUGGAGAAAGGAGAGUGCACAAAGAAGUAUCCUAAAGCCUACUCAAACAACACAAAGAUUGAUAAGUCUGGCUUUGUUGUUUACAGAAGAUGUGUUCAUAGCAGCGCCUACGUUUUGAAAGGAACUGUGGAGCUAGACAAUCAAUACGUGCCUUCGGUGAUGAAACUGGAACUUCACCUUCCAGGGAAGCACAGGGUUCUAAUUGAUCCCAUUAAGAGUUUAGAGCAAGUUCUCUCAAGAGAAAAUAUCGAGAAAACAAUGCUCACUGCGUAUUUUGCUGCAAACGCCAAAUAUGAAGAAGCCAGGGAGCUUACGUACAUUCAGUUCCCAUCCCGGUUUGUCUACCAUAGUGACAUAAAAGAAUGGACACCACGGAAACAUGGUACAUCAAUAGGCCGAGUCCCCUAUGUCCACCCAGCUGCAGGCGACUUAUACUACCUUCGAAUCAUCGUCAGCGUUGUUAAAGGGGCACUUGGUUUUGAGCACCUCGCCACUGUGGGCACUACAACAUUUAAGGAGUAUUGGGAUGCCUGCUAUGCGCUUGGUUUAUUGGACAACGAUAAUGAAUGGCAUGAUGCUAUAGUUGAACCAUCUUUCUGGGCAACAGGUCGUCAGCUAAGGAGGUUAUUCAUCACGAUCUUGAUCUACUGUGAAGUUGGAAACCCUCUUAAGCUUUGGAAUCAUGUGUGGAACAUAUUGGCUGAGGAUAUUUUGUAUAUGAAACAGAGAGAAUUUCAUUUUCCAGGCUUGAUUCUACAGGAAGAGGAGUUGAAGCAGUACACAUUAAUGGAGAUAGAAAGACUCCUCAAAGAGAAUGAUAAAUCACUGGCUGAUUUCCCUGGCAUGCCAAAGCCAAAUAACAGUGUUCUUCAGGAGAUAUCAAACACCGUCCUCCGGCAUGAGCUCAACUAUGACACCGAAAAAGAGGCUGCAGAGCAUGACAAACUUUUUACCACGAUGAAUGAGGACCAGAAAAGCAUCUACAGCUCGGUUAUAGAUUCUGUCAACAACAAAUCUGGCCAGUUGUUCUUUGUUUAUGGGGCUGGAGGAAUCGGAAAGACUUUUUUAUACAGAACUAUUAUUGCCAAACUCCGAUCAGUUGGUAAAGUGGUGAUACCAGUGGCAUCAGCUGGAAUUGCAGCACUGUUAUUACCAGGAGGAAGAACAGCGCACUCCCGCUUCAAGCUUCCUCUCAAAUUGAGCGAAACAUCUCUCUGUGAGAUUAAAUAUGGCUCUAUGUUGGUAAAUCUGAUCUCCAAAACAGACUUGAUCAUAUGGGACGAGGCUCCUAUGGCUCACCGUCAGACUUUUGAAACGUUGGACCGCACACUUAGAGACCUACAAGCUAUGGAGGAUCCAGCAGCUGCUGAUAAACCUUUUGGUGGAAAGACAGUUCUUCUUGGGGGUGAUUUCAGACAGAUUUUGCCUGUUAUAACUCAGGGAUCUAGGCAGGACACAGUCAGAGCUUCUAUCAGUAAGUCGUACCUCUGGCCCUUUGCACGAGUCCACACUUUAACCAUCAACAUGAGACUGAGCCAAGCUGACAAAGAAUUUGCAAAAUGGAUACUCGAAGUUGGUAAUGGAACAACGCCAACUAUGGCAACAGAGGGUAGAUGUGAAGAGGAAAAAAGAGCUAUCUUAGCACCCACAAACGCUAGUGCCAAUGAGAUCAACUCCUAUCUUCUGUCUAAGGUUCCAUCCGCAGAGAAAGAGUAUUUAAGUUCAGACAGUGAUGCUUUUGAGAGCACACCAGAGGAGGAUUUUACAAAUAAUUACACUCAAGAAUACUUAAACUCGCUAGAGUUUCAAGGUUUGCCACCGCAUAAACUAUGUCUGAAGGUUGGUGCUCCUGUGAUGAUGUUGCGCAAUCUGGACCAGUAUUAUGCGCUAUGCAAUGGAACACAAAUGGUUAUUUCACGGUUGGGCCACAGAGUUCUAGAGGCUGAGCUUUUAACAAGGACUCAUGUUGGAGACAGAGUUCUUAUUCCAAGGAUACAAUUAUCCCCAACGGACAGUAUUCAUCCUUUUACUUUUCGCAGAAGGCAAUACCCAAUCAGAUUGUGUUAUGCGAUGACAAUAAAUAAGAGCCAAGGUCAGAGUCUGAAACAGGUUGCACUCUACCUUCGUAGACCAGUUUUUAGUCAUGGCCAGCUGUAUGUUGCUCUCUCACGAGUCACGACUCCAGAAGGAUUGAAGAUACUUGAUGACAGUGAAGGCAUGGCAAGGAAAGACGUUGUUACUAAUAUUGUCUACAGAGAGAUAUUCAGUAAUCUCCAGACCAGUAAGUCACUUAGAACCAAACCCUGA